UGAAAGUUUGCUGGAACACGAUUUUAUCAACUCCUAAAUCUAUAGCCAUGCUAUUUUAUAUAUCAUGUCUAUAUGCAAUGAGCUUACAUUUUAUUCUAUAAAAUAUGGACUAUGCAUUAUGUAUUAUUUAUCAUUAGUGAAACGACUACGACCUCGUUUAUUUUCUAUUCUGUGGUGUGUAGAAACAAGUGUGUAAUCGUGGUUUCCUCAUUGUACAUUGAAAGCUGGAAUGUCUAACUUUGGACUCUGAGUGCCGCUGUUGAUCAUGAGAUAUAUUUUGUACGAGAGGAGGUCCGUCAGUAAUCGGUAGAUCCUCCCCUAACAUUGCGCUCUGGGAAGUGUGAGGUAGCCUCGUUUCUUUAUGCGUCUCUAAAGGACUGUUCGUAUGACGGAGAUUGUUUGGACUUAUGGUGGAUUUUUGACAUCAUUAUUUUUUGGUAAAACAUACAGUGGGAUUUUCUUAAGGAUUACCAUGGCCACUAAGGAGGGACGUAGGCGUUCACACAUUGACGGGUCUAUCUUUAUUCGAAAGCACUGGCAAGUAAUAUUGUUAUUGGCGAGCUUUUGUGAUAUUAUUGGCGCACAGAUUCGUUAUUCUAUUCCGGAGGAGAUGAAGGUUGGUUCGCUUAUUGGGAAUGUUGCUCAAGACCUGGGACUUGAUUUGAAAAGGCUUCGAUCGGGCCGUGCCCGUAUCGUCACUGGAGAAAGCAUACAGUACACAGAGCUGAAGUCAGACAAAGGGAUUCUAGUUGUGAGCGAGAGGAUAGACCGAGAGCAGCUAUGCGGUGAAAUCACCCCAUGUAGCUUCAGUUUUGAAAUCAUUCUAGAAAAUCCAAUGGAACUACACCAGGUCACAGUUGAAAUCCUAGAUAUAAAUGAUAAUGCGCCCGUAUUUCGGAAAACUGAAAUCAAUUUUGAGAUAAGUGAAGCAGCUACGGUUGGCUCGCGUUUUGUGCUGGGUAGUGCCGAUGAUCCCGACGUCGGACUUAAUGCUCUUCAGAAUUACGUUCUUUCUCCAAAUGCUCAUUUUGUUUUAAAAGAGCAGUCGAAUCCAGAUGGGAGUAAAUAUGCAGAAAUGGUUCUUCAGAAAGCUUUAGACAGAGAAGAUAAUCCACGCCUUUCUUUAAAACUAAUAGCAGUGGAUGGCGGAAAUCCAGAGAGAUCUGGCACUGUAAAUAUAGAUGUCACCGUACUAGAUAAUAAUGACAAUGUCCCCGUGUUUAAUCAGACCGUGUAUAAAUCGACUGUGGAGGAAAAUGCACCGAGAGGUACUUAUGUGACCACAGUAAAUGCAACUGAUGCUGAUGCCGGUUCUAAUGGGUAUAUAGUGUACUCGUUUAGUGAUCUGAAGGAGGAUUUAAAAAAAAUAUUUAGCAUUGACGAGUCCACAGGCACAAUUUCUGUCGUCGGAGCGAUUGACUUUGAACAAAAUAAACGGUAUGAAAUAAGAGUUGAAGCAAAAGACCAUGGAGGAUUCACUGGCACUAGUAAGGUUAUUAUAGAAGUUGUAGAUAUUAAUGAUAAUGCGCCAGUUAUGAACGUCAUGUCUUUUUCUAGUCCUGUGUCCGAGGAUUCUCCCAUAGGGACGACAAUAGCUAUAAUAAACGUCAAAGAUGCUGAUUCUGCUUACAAUGGUCAAGUUACAUGCUCCAUAGACAGAGGUCUUCCUUUCGAUAUCAAAUCGUCUCUAGCAAACUAUUAUACUCUAGUCACAGGCGCGUUAUUUGACCGCGAAACAUUGUCUGAGUACAAUAUCACCGUAACGGCAGUUGAUUCCGGAUCAUCCCCACUCUCUACUGUCAAGACUCUGCGUCUAACGCUGUCUGACGUCAAUGACAACGCACCCAUUUUCGAGCAGAAAAUGUAUUCAGUGUAUAUAAUGGAAAAUAACUCUCCCGGGUUGUCCAUCUUUACAGUAAAGUCGAGGGACUCAGAUGCGAAUCAAAAUGCCAGAAUAUCAUAUUACUUAGAUGAAAAGCAGAGUGAUGGAACUUCGGUAUCUACUUAUUUAUCUAUAAAUUCCGAAACUGGGGUUUUGCAUGCAGUGCGUUCAUUUGACUUUGAGCAAAUUAAGCAACUCAGCUUUAUUGUGAAAGCACAAGACGGCGGCUCCCCUCCUCUAAGUAGUAAUGCCACUCUUUACUUAAUCAUACGGGAUCAAAAUGACAAUGCGCCUCAGAUUCUGUAUCCGAUACAAACUAGUGGAUCCCUCGUGGCUGAAAUUGUGCCUCGUUCAGCAGAUAUGGGCUACCUCGUCACCAAGGUGGUGGCUGUUGAUGUGGACUCUGGACAGAAUGCCUGGCUCUCAUACAAACUACAGAAAGCAACAGAGAGAGCGUUGUUUGAAGUGGGCGCACAGAAUGGAGAAAUAAGAACUAUCCGUCAAAUUACUGACAAAGAUGCUGUUAAGCAGAAGCUCACUGUUGUAGUCGAGGACAACGGACAGCCCUCUCGCUCAGCUACAGUCAGUGUUAACGUGGCUUUGGCGGACAGCUUUCCUGAAGUACUGUCGGAGUUCACUGACAUGACGCAUGACAAAGAGUACAACGAGAACCUCACAUUUUAUUUAGUCCUGGCUUUAGCCGUCGUGUCUUUUCUUUUUAUUGUGUCCAUCAUUUCAAUACUGUCAGUGAAAUGCUACAGAUGGAGACGUGAGCAGAUGUUCUAUAAAUCGAACGGCAAUCUCCCAGUCAUUCCGUAUUACCCACCACUUUACGCAGACGUCGGAGGCACGGGUACUUUGCAGCACGUUUAUAAUUAUGAGGUGUGUAGAACAAUGGACUCCAGGAAAAGUGAUCUGAAUUACGGCAGACCUUGUAGUGAAAGUAUCAUAAGCCUGGACACGUGUGGAAAAGAUACACUCCCACAUGCCAACAGGGAAAGACUGACCAUGGAUGAUGCAGGCAAUCAGGUGAGCUUCAUAUCUUUACUUGGGAACUUCAGUUUUCUUGUGUGUUUUUUUAUCCUGCGUAUUUAAUGAUGACAUCACCCACCAAUGUUGCAAUACUUCAAGUCGCAAUUCGUUUCAAUAAAUAUUCUUUAUAGACUUAGACAUAGAAAGCUAAAUGUACUUACUUCAGCUAUAUCUUUCCAGUCUAACACCCACUCAGGUUGCUAGCCAUGGUGCUGAAGGUCCACAUUACAUACACUGAGGGUGUAUGAAUCACACAUCUGUAGAUAUAACUCACAAUAUAUUUUAGAUUCAAAAUAAUUCAAAUUGCAAAUAACCUUAAGUAUCAGUCC